AUGGGGCCGAGAGGCGCAGCCGCGGUGGCCGUGGGGCUGUGGGUCUUGGUGACGGCGGGCGAGGCGGCGGACCCUGGCGUGACGACACCCCGGCGCUGCCUGCUGUCACACUACCGCUCGCUGGAGCCCAGGGCGGUGGCGGCGGUCAAGGCGCUGAGGGACCGCUACGAGGAGGAGACCCUGAGCUGGAGGCCGCGCAACUGCUCCUUUCGCGCAGGGAGGGAUCCUCGGCGGCCCUGGGUGAGGUUGGCGAGCCGUCGGGGGCGCCCGAUCCCCGAAUUUCCCGGGCACCUGCGCGACCCUGGAGCUGCUGGCGGCCGCGCGGCGGGACGUGGGGACUUGCCUCGAGCUGGUCCGGCCAGGCUCCUGGAGGAAGUCCCUCAGGCCACCGAGGACGCGUCCCCAAACACGCAGAGCUGUGAGUACAGCGGCGGGGAGGACUCGCCUGGGUGCCACGAAGCCAGCGUCAUCUUCAACCUCCUGCGCCCGCUCACGUGGGACCUGAGGCUGGUGGCAGACUCGGGGCCUUGUCUGUGA